AUGAAUACUUCAUCGGCAAUAACUGAUUCUCAAGUGACAAACAUCGAUACGAUUAAAAACUAUCUACUCUCUUAUUGGGGCAUCAUUUAUCUACUUAUCGGUACUAUAGGUACGUCACUUAACCUCUACAUCUUUACUGAUCGAAAUUACCGAUCUUCAUCUCCAUGUAUACCAUACUUGUUGGCGUCUACUCUGGCAACUUUGCCAUUGAUGUAUGUAUCUAUUCUAUCGCGUAUAGGAAUAGGCUUUCGAAUAACACCAUUCUACUAUAUUCCGAUUCUAUGUAAACUUCAAGUUUAUAUCGCGAAUGUUUCUGUUAGUCUUGUGAUUUGGUUCACGAUUGGUAGCUGCUGGGAUCGAUUCUUGUCAUCAUCAAGAAAAGCAUGUGUCCGGCAAAUGAGUUCUCAUCGAAACAGUCGUCGAACAAUAUUGGCGAUCACAUUCUGCAUUUCAGUUGCCUAUGCUCAGAUAUUUUACUGCUUUGAUGGACCCCUGGUAAUGGCUGCUGCACCUUGUUCAGCUAAGAACACACCAUGUACUACCAUUGACACAAUUCUUCUUUUCUUUAUUCAAUUUUUCGCACCACCACUACUAAUCUUUUGUCUCGGCAUCAAAAUCUAUCAGAAUGUUCAUCAAAUGGCGACGAUUUCUUCUCAUCAACAAGGCCACGUACUUAACAAGCAAAAAGCCGAUCGAAGUAUUUUGAAGAUGAUCGUGUUUCAGGUUAUCGUACUUCUUCUAUGCUCACUACCAAUCAUCGUAUUUCGAUUAUAUUCAACAGCGACGAUGGCAAUUAGCAAAAGCAAUCUACGUCGUUCGAUAGAAAAUUUAAUUUUCAAUGCAACAUUAAUGAUUUUUUAUUGUGACAAAAUGUGCUCAUUUUAUAUCUAUACGCUGACGAGUUACCACUUCCGAAAAAUACUCAAGGGCUUUAUCACGAGAAUGCGCUGUAUCAACGUGAUUGUACCUGCAGAGAGUUAG